AUGAACUACCUUGGCAGGAUCACUAACCAUAAGUGCCGUGGUUCAGGCUACGCUGAGAUCCUCCUUGAGGCUCAUCUGGUUACAAGUGGCUGCCUAAAGAGUGUGCUAAGUGGAAAGGCAUACUCCAAGGCUCUCUUCUGUUUCAAGACCGUCUGCGAAGCACUGGAGCGGCUGCUGCUGGAACGCUUCAUUGAGGAGGAGGAUAUCCAGCUCACACCUGAGGCUCUGCUCAACCUCAUCAAGUCAUGUGACCGACAGAACCUGAAACUUGCUCUUCAAGAUGACUCCGCCCUCAACAUCAUCAGGCAUUAUCUGGAGUACCAAGACAAGGUCCGCAAGGGUCAUCUCGGCAAGACAGCAAUGUUCUGGCUGUCUGUCAUGGACCACGGGCGGCUAGUUUUCAUGCUCCUCUUCUCUGUGAAGACCAACAACCUGGCACUUUUCCAUAAGUGCAAUGGGGAUAUGGCGGACUUGUUCUUUGCAUUUGAUGGUCAGAAUUACGCCAGGUACCUGGUCUGGUUUGAGGUCUUCUUGACCAACUUGGAACUGACUCACCCUGGCGCCACAGACCACAUGAAGAAAGGGGCCAUCGCUGUGGCUCGUUCCCUCAUCCCUGGUGCCCUGAGUGCUGUAGACAAGACCAUGGAAGAGACCUUCAUGAAGUUUGCCAAGUCUUCAGGAGGUCUGCACGGCAUUUUCACUAACUUCCCAGCCUAUCAGCACUGGUGCCGAACCACAUCUGCACGAGCCCAGUACUUUGAGAUGUUGCUGGAGAUGUGUGGUCUUAUCGAUGACCCUGAGUUCCCCAAGGCUGGGAAACAUCGUGAGCUGGACCCAGCCCAGAUCAAGAAAAGUGAGGAGUCAGUCCAAUCCACCAUUGCUGCCAUCAAGAGUUUCAACAACCCCUUCCAAAUGACAAACAAGGAGCGCCUCUACUCUCUCGCCUCCGGUGCUCCUGUCUCCCUUGAGGUCGAGGUUGAUGUCCUCCGUGCUGAGGCUGUUGGCAAGGCUGCCAAGGAGGCGUUCAUCCAAGAUCGGCUUCAGGGUGGAUGUGAGGCAAGCUUCUUCAACCCCAUCAAGAAGCAGAAGUUGCUGAAGAUGGAGGCCUGCAACAAGACGAUUAAGCUCAAAUCCUCAGAGGGAAAGCUCAUACAGUACCAGGAGCAGAGCAACCUGGCCUUCCAGCUGCUCGUCAAGUCACAGGUUCAGGCAGAGCCACUUGAUCUUGAUGAGCUGAUGUGCUACUCCCUCUCACCUGUCCCUCACUCCCUCGGCACUCCUGAUGGGUUCUUUGCCAAGACCAACAAAGCCACCAUGCUGCACUUCCUCUUGAAUGACAGGACAGAUGAAGUAACCUACCCCAAGGAUGCCAUCUUCAUCCAAGAUGGGAAUGCCCUCUUUCAUUCCCUUGCAAACCUGCCUCCUACAUUUGGAGCAAUCUGUCUGCAUGUCCUGGACCAAAUGGUGGCCAAGAAGCACUUCAUCUUCUCCACUGACUCCUACCAGCCUGACUCUAUCAAGGCACAAGAGAGGCUGAGGCGCGGCUUCUCUGAGAAAUUCAUAGUGAAGGGUACGGCCACUAGGAAACCCCAGGACUUUAAGCUAUUUCUGGACAAUGAGGAGAACAAGCGGCAGCUCUGCCACUUGAUGCUUAAGGUCUGGGGGAGUGAGGAAGCAGCAUCCCAGCUGGCGAUGUGCGAGACAACUGUUCUCGUUGUGGAAGGAACAGCUUAUCAGCUAACAUCAUCAGAUGGCAAAGUUGAGGUCACUGAGAUCCAUGCCCUCCAGUCAGACCAGGAGGAGACAGACAGCCGGGUUGUGCUCUAUCUGCAUCAUGCUGUCAAGCUGGGCUUCAAGUCGGCAGUAGUGAGGACCCCGGACACAGACAUCUUCUUCAUCCUCCUGCAUCACGCUGACACCAUCAAUCUUGUCAUCUACCUUGACACUGGCACAGGCAGGCACCGUCAGCUGGUCAACAUCACAGAGUUAGCCACCUCUCUUGGGCAGCCAUACUGCAGCACCCUGCUUGGCUAUUAUGUAUUCAGUGGUGAGGACUGUACCAGCGCCUUCAAGGGCAAGGGCAAGUUGGCACCGCUCAAAAAGCUCCAGAAGAAUCCCAGAUUCCAAAAGGCUUUCAGUCAGCUCGGGGAUGAGUGGAAGGUGAAGCCGUAAGUGCAGGAGCAGCUGGAGGGCUUCACAUGCAUGAUGUACAAUCAAGCACGUGAGACUUCAGUUAACCUGGUCAGGAGCAAGAUGCUCAAGAAGAUUGUGGGAGAAGACGAGACUCUCAGCAGCAAGUCAAGAGUUGAUUUUGCUCGCCUGCCCCCCUGCCAAGACUCACUCAUCCCCCACAUUCAGAGAGUAAAUUAUAGAGUGGCCUGUUACAAACGGGCAGCUGAGCCAAUCUUUUGGAGGCCUAAGCCAUAUGAUGAGGGUCAGGGGUGGGAGAAGAAAGAGGGAGGGAUUUUGGAGCCUGUCUGGUCUUGUGGACCAAUCCUGCCCCCAUCUCUCAUUGACCUGUUGGCUGCUGGUGUCGUCAGUGAUGAUGAUGAGGGGGAAGAGGAUGAGGUGGAGAUUGAUGAUGAGACUGAUGACGAAGAUUAACAGUGAAACAGGGAUUUGAUUACUUUUGCCUUCAAUUAGUUAGUGAAUUAGUAUUAUCAAGUUUCAGUCAAUCAGUUAGAGUCAAUUGGAGUGAUUGCCAUCCAUUUGAUGACCUUGCAUUGCAUUUUGCAGGAAACUAUUGCGAAACAAAAAAGCAAAAGUUAUA